AUGGCUGGGCAGAUGGCGGUGCUGGGUUCAGCUGUUUUGGCUCUCUUGUUAGCUGGCUAUCUAGCACAGCAAUAUUUACCGAUGCCUACACCAAAAGUAAUUGGGAUUGACCUUGGCACGACUUACUGCUCUGUUGGUGUCUUUCUUCCUGGAACAGGGCAGGUGAAGGUUAUUGCAGAUGAAAAUGGGCACAACAGCAUACCAAGUAUAGUCUCUUUCACAGACAGAGAUGUGUAUGUAGGAUAUGAUGGCCUAGAACUGGCUGAUUCAAAUCCUCAGAACACCAUAUAUGAUGCAAAAAGAUUCAUUGGGAAAAUCUUCACUUCAGAAGAACUGAAAAGUGAAAGUAGCAGGUAUCCUUUUAAGAUUUUCAACAACAACGGAUCAGCUGAAUUUUCUGUGACUACUAAUGAAACUUUUCGCAUCACUCCAGAGCAUAUUGGCUCUCAGCUGCUACUGAAACUGAAGAGCAUGGCAGAAGACUAUCUUGGCAUGCCCAUUUCAAAGGCGGUAAUCUCUGUGCCAGCAGAGUUUGAUGAAAGGCAACGGAAUUCUACCAUUAAGGCAGCUAACCUUGCAGGGCUAGAAAUUUUGCGAGUAAUCAAUGAACCCACAGCUGCAGCUAUGGCUUAUGGACUCCACAAAGCUGAUGUGUUUAAUGUUCUGGUGGUGGAUUUGGGUGGAGGAACUUUGGAUGUGUCUCUGUUGAACAAACAGGGAGGGAUGUUCCUCACACGAGCCAUGGCAGGUAACAACAAACUUGGAGGACAGGAUUUUAAUCAGAGGUUGAUGCUGUAUUUCUAUGAUCAGCUCCAACAAAUGUAUGGUUCUCUGCCAACAAGAAAAGAAGAAAUACAUCGCCUCAGACAGGCUGUGGAAGCAGUUAAAUUAAAUUUGACUGUUCAUGAGGCAGCUACACUAAGGGUGUCAUUGACUAUGCCAGAAAGGAAGCUUACAAAAGAAAUUCCAGAAAGUGAGGUAAAAACAAACACUGGGCUAAAAGGCAAGCCUUCGCAAAAAGCAGAUCUGAAAAACCUUGGAGAUACUUCAGAAGUAGAGAACAACUUUGUCAAAGUUGUGUUUGAAACAGAAAUCUCUAGGAAGCUAUUUGAGAUGUUAAAUGAGGACCUUUUUGAGAAGAUUCUUGUGCCCAUUGAACAGGUGUUGAAGGAAGGCCAUCUACACAAAGCGGAAGUGGAUGAAAUUGUGUUAGUUGGAGGCUCCACCCGGAUUCCUCAAAUACGCAAAGUUAUUCAGGAUUUCUUUGGAAAGGAACCUAACACCUCUGUAGAUCCUGAUCUAGCAGUUGUAAUGGGCGUAGCUAUCCAAGCAGGAAUCGUUGGUGGGUCCUGGCCUCUCCAAGUCAGCGCUAUAGAAAUUCCUAAUAAGCAUUUACGGAAGACUAAUUUUAACUGAAUAUAAACUCUUCCCCAUUGCAUUCCAUCUCUCCAAAAGUGUACUCUGAUGGUGCAUACUUAUCUGACUGGCAGCAGACCCUAAUCUUAGCCAUAUUAUAUUCAUUUUUUUAUCUAUUCCAGGUAGGUGUUACUGGAUGCCUAACUGUGUUAAAGCUAGAUGUUACUUUAAAGGUACGAAUGGUUUUUGAAGUUCUGAAGUGUCCUGUAUUUGCUUGUAGAUUGGAUAUUGGAUGAAAAUGCUAGUGAUGACACGCUCACAUUUUCUUGCUAAAUUUUAUUAGCAAAUCCUGAAGAGGUGUAUGCUUAAAAUAAAAGGGAGUGUGACCAAAUGUUAGAGGUAAUGUGGUAUGGUACUUAGGUAUUCCCAGGUCCAAUGUAUUUACUUUGAAAGAAUGUGAAGCAGUGUUAACGCACAUAGCGCUAGCAGUCUUGAGCUUAAAUUUAUUUAUUAAAUUGUCAUUUGAGCAUUUAAGCACCUUUCUAAAAGGCAUGUUGCAGCUUGAAUGAGACUUAUGCAUUCACUUGAUUCUUCUGCUGUUCAUAACAGCAUAAUGGUAUUACUGAGGCUAUAUGGCAAAUUGUCUCAUGUUUCAGCUGAACCGUAUUAAGAAACUUAGCUCUUGCUAAUGUAGAGUUACUUAGUCUGUCUUCAAGGCUUACUUCCUGAUCUGGUUUUGAUGGUUAACAUACAGGUGCUGCUGUCAUACCACUGAUGUUCUCCAUGGAGAACAAGGGCGUAUCGCCAACUAUUUAUACUUCCCCUGCCUUAUUUGAAAACUGCAGUAAUUUUAUGUAUCUUAAAGCCACACCUGUAUGUCUUCCCUUGAAUUUGACCAAUGUGAAUUUCAUUGUUGCACAACCACAAGUGUGUGAUGUCUUUCCCCUUGAGUAUCUCAAGCUGUACUGUUUUCAGGGGGAAAGUGUGGGACAGAAGGGACUGCCUGGAUGAAGUCUAGUUCCUGUAGUCCUAGUAAAUGAAAACUCACCCAACUGUUUUAUACUUUUUAGCUCAUAUCACUGGUUUAAGUUUUGUCAUAUCCCUACUCUAAACCAAACAUAGAUCGGAGAUUGUAGCUGUCCUUUUGGGAUGGAAGCAGCGUGUGUAACACAGGAUUUGAGGUAGCGCUUCUUAAGACUUUAUUUUAAGCAAAUAGUUUGCUACUCAGCUAUCUAGCAAAUGCAUGAGGAGGAAAAAAUUAAUGAUCUGAAAAAACAAAUUGGUGGCAGUUCUGCUCUCUUUGGAGAGUUAAAUCAAUACUUAAAGGCCAGUUGAAUUCUUUUACCUGUAUAGAACUUUCUACAAUGAAAACACUUCAUUCAGUUAAGACUAGCUUCAACAUCCAUCAAUCCAGUCUUCACCAGGUAGGCUCUAGUAACAGGUAGUUCUAAGCAUUUUCUUGUAUGCUCCAGAAUAAUUCUGUUUGGAUUAAACAUGCCAAGAUAAAGUGUGGGGCUUAAAUUUAUUAACCUGUGACUAUAUUAAAAUAGGCUUAUUAUUCUCUUGGCAGUAGGCCUGAUUUAUGGCACUGUCAUAAAUGAAUUGUGCUGCUUCAGCUGUUUGCAUAGCUAUUGUCUAAACAUAUCUUUGAAGUAAUCCGAUUAAAAUCUUCUUAAAUUGAAUCAUAGUUGCAUACAACCAUUCCAUCAGCAUUGUUUAACUUCACAGAGGAUUCCCAAAAUAUUGCUAAGAUCUGUUUAAUUUCCCUGAGUUGAAAACCAAAGUGAUAUUUUUAUUUGAGGAUUUUUUCCUUUGUACCUUUUUGAAAGUGACCUUGUCUCUAAGUCUGUAUGGAACUUCCAGUAAUGUGAUAAUAUGUUCAAGACAAAAUGUUGCACAGCUAUAAAGAGUGAGUGGUAAGUCCUGCGGUAACUCCCACAUUGAAGGAAGUGCCUCUUCAGUGAAAUCAUGGAUGAAUGCCAACAUACAGUACAGUGCUCGUAUGCAGUUGCUAUUUGGGGCCUUUGCUUUGCAGAUACAAAUGUAUGUAUUUAAUUCAACUUAUAUUCCAAUGUCUUUGGAGUCAUUGUGGCCUUUCCUUCUGCCCUGCUGUAAAUUCAUCUCAAAGGCUACUGGAGUUACAGUAGCUCUCUAGUCUUCAUUUUUUUUUAAUGCACUGUGUAAAAUGAGCAGACCUGUAUAAAAAUAGAACCACAUCACAGUGAAGUUAAACUAUUAAAAGCUUUUUGCAAUUUUGGGACAAAUCAGGUAGGAGUGUGGGAGUAACUUUAAACUGUUAAACUCUCAAUGCAAAUAAAUGAAGUACUUUUUUUCUUUUUCUUUUCACAUACUUCUUCACUCUGGAGGAGUUAAGUCUCCUUCAGUGUUAAUCUAGGAAUUGUAAAGGAAGGGUGAGUUGUUGUUUACUUGUUUUUUUAAAAAAAAAAAAUCCAUAAAAGGGUAUUUAUUCAGAUUUCUAUACAGAUUUUUUUUUAGUA